UGUCAAUGUUUUGUUUACGAUCAACGAUUGCGAUGAUCCAACAAAUCUAAAGAGAAUCGUCCAAAUAAUUGCAACGUCCAGAUGAUUUUGUCUUUAAAUUAAAAGGCGGGAAGACUUGGUUUGUACUGCAGCAUAACUAGUCUAUGUUUUAUGAAUCAUGAACGAUCACUUGUUCAACCACGUGUUGUCCGUGUGCAUGAAGUGCACAGGGCACGAUGACAGGGUUGCAUCAAUCAGAGUUCAGCUUGAGCUUCAGACUGCAUCCUCCCCAAUGCAAAGAAAGGAGCUGAAUGUACGACUCACAGAUGAUGCUGAUCCUUUCUUUCUCUUCAACUUGGCUCUUGGAGAAGAAGACUUUCAAAGCCUGAAGGUUCAGCAAGGUUUGCUGGUUGACUUCUCAGCGUUCCCACAGAAGCUCAUAGAACUUCUCCAACGAUGCUUUGAAGAGCAAAGCAAAGACUCACCCAAGUUUGUCCUACAUUUAAUGAGAUCCGAGCCCCUAGCUCAGGGUUUGGCGGAGCUUUGCCUGGUGGAGACCAACCCCUUCAAACAUCUAACCCACCUUGCUCUUAAGCUACAACCAGGCAACGACACUGACGUCAAGAAAUACCUGGCAACAUGCCUCAAAUCAUUACAGGCUGAACACAACAAAGUAUCAAUGAGAUUGACUCACACAGAGACCUCCCUCUCAGGACAACUCAAGGAAACUCACAAGGCGUUAUCGUCUCGUACUCAUGAACUGGAGAGUCUGAGAUCAGAGUGGAGUGCCCACACAGAGAGCCUCGUCGCUAAACACAAACAAGAACUGGCCGAGGAAAGACAGAAAGCCAUGCAGAAUCAGCGAGACUUGGAGCAAAGACACGAGCGAGAAAGGAAAGAUAUUGACACCAUGAGAUUACAAGGGUCGUCUGAACUUCAGGCAAGACUAUCGGACCUCCAGAGGGCCAAUCAAGACCUGACCGACAAGAAAUAUCACCUGGAGUCAUCAAUGAGAGAACUGAAAGGAAGGCUUGGGACUCUGGAUGAGGACUACAAGCGAGCCCAGCGUGACCUACAGUCCCUGCGGCAGCAGCGUGGGAGUCUGGAAACAGACCAGCGGAGCCGGGAGCAGACUCUGAGCCAGCAGCAGACACGCAUCGCAGUGCUUCAGCAGGAGGUUCAAGACAAAGAGGCUCUGCUGGAUAAGGGCAAUCAGCUGAUAGAAGCCGCCAGUGACCAGAGGGCCAAGUUGGAAGAAAGUGUACACCAUAAGACUAGUCUGGUAGCCAAGCUAGAGAGCACCAUCAAGUCAACGUCCCAUGAGGUCAUGAAGGGAAAUGACAUUAUUAAGAAGCUCCAAGGAGAUUUAAAAGCUGCUCUGGCAAAGCUGAAGCUAAAGAACGCAAUCACAGGGAAGCAGGAGAAGCUCCUUGAGGAACGGAACCAGACUCUCCGAACAGUUCAACAAGAACUGGACACGGUGAAGACCAAAAUCCAACAACUGGAACAUGAGAAUGAACGUCUGAAAGAAUUGUUGGAGAGCACAAGAACAAAACUAGAAGAAAGCAGAGAGUUACUCAAGACCAAUGAGAAUGUUAUCAACUGGUUGAACAAGCAAGUCAACGAGGCCCAAUUGACAAAACGACAUGGUUUAUUUGAGGUUCCAACUUCUACUGUGGCCUACAGGCCUUCAGGGGUACAACCAGCAGUUCCUUCCACCAGACAAUGGCCAAUGCCGAGCCCUCAUCUAACGAGCACAGUCAGUACCAUCCCCCAUAUACCAGACUCCGCCCACAGAGGGUACAACACUUCCUCUAUGACUGUACCUACUAGUGCUUCAAGACACAGUGAACCAGCACUAGAUCCCAAGUACCUCCAACGCCCACAACACCCGCCAAUUAACCCAGGAGGGGGAGCAGAGAGUGCUCGGAGACAGGGACCUGUACCCCUUCAAUUAAGCAGCACCCCUGUUGCACCCAGUGCCCUGGCCUCCUCGGCGCCCCCACUCAUGAGCGCCUACUUUCCAGCGCAGCUACAAGGCACGUCCUAAAAGUGAGACUCAACAAGAUUCUAACACAAAAAUGUAAUAUAUAUUUGAGUUUAUGUUAACUAGAAUAUGAUUAGCUUCAGCUAUUCUGUGUGAUUAAUAAGUUAUGUUGGUCUCAUACAAACUGGGUAAUAGAUUUGUUUAUGUCGAACUGAUUUUAAUUUAUAGGCAAAAUUGUAAAAAUAAAAAUAAAAAUUAAAAAAAAAUAAGUCACA